AUAAUGUCUUUGUUGACUCGCUCUAAGUUAUUCCUUCACUCGCGGCGCCUGUCUAAAUGCGAAUCUCGCCGUUCCAGUGGCCACGAAGAUUCAUAUUCCUCAAAAAAGCUGGUGUUGCCCUGAACAUCCCAGGGUGUCCAAAUACCUUCGGGACGCGGCAAGCGUCCGUAGCGAGCAUUCCAUCAGAACAGUGUCGGUGUCAGAAUCGGUCGGCUGCACCGUCUGCGCACUUUUUUUGUGGCUGGAAACCAGAUAUUUUCACACUGCUCUGUCCAUCUGUGCCGUAUGAGGGGCAUACUAUUCUUUCAAGGCUGCGGAACCCCAUUUCCCCGUCUGUUUCCUGUGCCCGCCCAUCCCCGCGGUGACUGUCGAACGGCUCUACCCGCCACACAUCGGUCAAUAUUUCUUUGCGCGUGGCCACACCGUUUCUUUCGCUGUUUGCCUUGGUUUUUCUUCGCCAAGCAAAACGUGAUCGUUGGCUUUCGUAUCACAGGAAAACAUGAUCUUCAGGCAGUGGACGUUUCGUUCGUAGAACCAGGCUCGCGAGCAUCUGCGCCCUCGAAGACGCGCGAGUCGUGCGAGGCUGGCAAGUCAGUCGAGCCCCCUAAACUGCCUACCCCGAGUGCUUCGCCUGAGAAAGCCGUCAGUUCAUUGCCAUUCUUUGCGCGCCGCAAGAUGCAGGCUUUUCCGUUUUCCGCUUGAAUCCAUUUCCUCGGUUCUUCACUCACGGCAAACCGAAGUUCCGAGCGCGGCGAGGAGACAUCCCAAAGAAGGACCCAGCACUUGUUGACGUGGACGACGACGUCAAAGUUCCGCUAGCCGCUGGGGGCGCGCUCGCCACGGGGGGGAGAGGAGCUGGCCAAACCCAAGACAGACUCAAGAGAGGCGAGGCGGGGAAGCCAGGGAACCCAGCGGCUUUCUCUCCCCGUUACUACAGCAUCCAUUUUUCUCACACCUUCGGCUGUUCCCGGGAGACAGCUAAAAAACGCAUUCCCCCAUACAACACUCUUCCCCUCUCAACUUUCCAACUUUGGACUUACGCACCGUUUGUUUCCGCCGCCCCUCAGUGCGCCGCUUUCGCGCUUCGGCGCCUGUCUUGGCGACUGAAGCAACACCAAGCACGCGCCUCAAAGGUUCUCUUUUUAAUGCGAGCGGCAAACAUUCGUGACCGCAUCCACGAAAAAGUUUCUCGUCUGUACCACGGAGGUGCGUACCUUUUGCGAAAGAGUGAAAAAUACCCUUCCAGCUUCUUAACCCCGAUCUGCAGAACCUCCCGCGCUUUCACCUUCGCUUCACCGGCGCAGCAGCGGCUUCUCGUCUUUCUCUUCCUCUCUACUUUUGUCCUUCUGUACGCUUCAAUCGCUUCCCCACAGUCUCGUCCGCGCCCCCUCCAGAGCCCCCGUGAGAGACUGUCCACUCGCCACCGUUGAGAUGACGGCUACACUGCCGCUGCCGAAGAACUGGGCGGCGCGGGGGGGCUUAGGCGCGGCGGAGCGCGGAUUUCCGCCGUCGCUGCCAUCGUCGCAACUGUGCGCCGUUUCGUCCAAUCUUCCCUCUCGCCUUUCGUCGCCUGCCGGUUCUCCGCCGCCUUCCUCUUGCCCCUCGCCUGCAGCUUGGUCCUCAGUCCAACGCCAUGUCUCGCCCUCUCUCGCUCGCCGCACGGUCUCCCUCGCUUCCUCUCAGCUUCCCUCGUCUUCCCCUCGGCCUUCUGCACCUUCCAUCUCUUUGCGGCCUGCGCGGUCCUCCUCCUUUUCUCUGCCGCCGCUCCCAGGCGCCGGCCUUCCGAGGCAGCAGCUGGAGGCUGCAGCCCCACACGAAGGCCAUCCCGAGCGCGAAAAGAGGCGAGACUCGAAGGGGACUAGGUCUGAGAACUCGAAGGGGACGCCUCGAGACAGUGGCGCCCUGCAACACCUUCAGAGAGAAGACAGGCGAGAGCGAGGCGCCUGCCUCGUCUCCGCGAGUGCCUUUCGCGAAGCCGAGAGGCAACUUGAAACCGGAGAAGUUCACCAGAAGGCGAAGGCGGCGAAGGUUGUGCUUGAAGUAGAGACCCGCGAGAGAAGCCAACUGCAAAGGUCUUCCGAGGUACUUCAGGAGAAGAGGGCGAGACGAAGGGGAGACGGACAAGUCUCCGCCUUCUCGUCGAGCGACGGCCUUCCACUCAACGAAGAAGUGAAGCUGCAGUUUCUCAAACUCACAGAAGGCUACGCGAGUUCACACACGCGUUUGGUGCCGAAGACAUCCGAGGUUAACGCACUCGCUCCCGGCAAGGCAACGAAGGCCCUCGAGCCUUCGCCGUUUGCGUCUCCAUUCUCCGCGCGCCUCGAGGACGAUGACAAGUCCACAGGCGUCCCCUCGCCGACAUUGAGUGAGCGACUGUUUUCCGUGUCUUCGGAGAAGGACGACGCGAGACACUCGCUCUCCAGUCUCCUCUCCCAAGACGGGCAAGACCCAAAUCACGGGUCGCCGUCAUCUGCCGGUCUCUCUUCUUUUUCGCACCCGUCUUCUUCCUCGUCUUCUUCUCUGGCGUCUUCUCCGCACCGCUGGAACGCGUCGGUCCCUCACGCUUCGUGGCGUCUUUUUGAGGCGCCUUCUUUGUGUGAUCCGCCGUUCCCCGUCGACCCAGCAGCGCGGGAGGAGGCGUCGUCGCCUUCGAUGGAGCGCGUCGUUUCUUCACCUCGUUCCCUGUCUCCCUCGGAGCUCUCUCGUCACGAGUCUGCGGCGUGGAGGCGCGGAGAGAGGGUCUCACACGGUGCCUCUUCGCUGGCAUGCGCGUCCGCGACUGCUUCCGGCGCCUCGGCGAGUCACUUGGCGGCACCGGCGAACUUUGUGGGGCUUGCGCGGACAGGGCAGACUCUGCAGGCGCGGCUGCUGCUGAAUUUGCAGAAGAAGCGCGAAGACGAAGAAGAAGAGAUGUUUCAGUUGACGGAGCGUCACGCGCGGGAAGCCGCUGCUCUCCGGCAGCAGGUCGCUGCGCUGAAGAAGGCGCUGAAAGAGCAGCAGAGCCAAGAGGAGUCGCGCCUGUCCUUCCUCCAAGAGAGGGAGAGACAGCUGGCGAGUGCCCUCCAGGAGAAGGAACGCGCACUCGAGCGCGAGAGACAGCGGAGGGAGGAGAAGGAGACACUCGAGGCACAACUCCGUGAGACGGAGCAGCGGCUCGGCGAGAAGGACUGGGCCGCCAAGCUCGAGAAACGAAAUCUGGAGGCCACCUGGAGAAAGAAGCUCAUGGAGGAGCGCCAAGCGUUCAAGAGCGAGGUCGAAAAGCUGUUACAGGCGAAGCGCGAACUCGAGACCUCAAGGAGACGCCUCUCCAGUCACGUCAAGUCUCUCACACACUUCGGAUGGGCUCCGUCGGUGUCGGAAAAGAUGAAAGACAAAGAAGAGAAACGAAAGAAGAAGGAGACGGGGAAUGUGGAGAAGCAGACAGCGGAGCAGCCGCCUUCGAGUGCGAGAGCUGAGGACUCCUCGCAGACCCUUGGAUCUGGAGAGCUGAAGCAGACGUCCACCUUCGAGGAAUUCGAAAAACGGAGCGUCAGCUCUUCUUCGCUGCGGCGAGAGCCUGGAGAGGAGAACGCGGAGCAAGAGUCGCAGAAGCAAGAGGAGGAGACAGGCUUGAAAGACGGCGAAGAAAACGCGAAACGGCCUUUUUCUUCCGAGGCCACUGCGAUGUGGGCGAAGCCUCCCUCGCACAAGGAAGGCGGAGAGAGGGAAGAUCAGCGAGGCGCGGCGAACGCGAGAGAAGGUGAAAGCGAACUGACACACUUCAGUUUCGCGUCCGUCGAAGGCAAGAAUCCGUUUCGUCUUGGCGCGCAGUUGGGAGAGUCGAUCGUGUCGCCUGCAUGCGCAAGCGGGCGUGUAUCGCUCGCGAAAGCAACUGAAGACUGCCUUGCGCAUUCGUCUGAAAGCUGGCAGGGACAACUCCCGAGUCCCGAGCAGGGAGGUCCUGCAGAGUCCAAACACCGCAGCCGAGAGAAUAUCGCAGAGACAGAGGGGGGGAAGGCGGAGAGGAAGCAGCUUGCAGAAGAGGGAGCCGCUCUCGAGGGGAGAGGUCGAGCCAUGAACUGCAACUUCGUUGAGUCGGUGGCUUGCGACAGAACCUUGAGCGAGGGAGAUGCCCGCGGCGUCGCAGGCCAGGUCAAGCUGAGACCAGCGAUGUCUCUCGCAGAUGAAGUCUUUCUCGCGGAGUUGGCGGCGCAGAAGGGUGUGGCUGAGGAAGCCGAGAAGAACUCCGAAGAGGAACUUGCAGGGCAAGGAGGAGAGAGCGCCAAAGAGAAAUGGGGAGAGAACUCCUGUGGGAAGACCUCCUCUGGAGAGGACAGCCAAGAGAAGAGCGAAGAGGUCUCAGGGUCCAGAGCGAGCGCCCUCGAAGCGGAAAGCGAAUCGUUUUCGCCGUUUGUGUCUGCGUCUGUCUGCAAGUGCUCAGACGAAGGGUGUGUGGCGACUGAGACGGACCUCCCUGAGAGGAAAGACAAGCGAGCCUCGCCGGGCGGCGGACUCCUCGAGGAGGUUCUGACGGAAGGCACGACGUGUGUGCCGACGGGCAACGAGGAAAAAGAAGGCCUUCUGGAGUCCGCGUUUCCUCUGACAGUGGCUGUCUCUGUUUUUCAAGAGGGGAGAGAUCCUUUCGUCGACCUCGAGGCGCGAGACAGCGAGAGAGAGAACUCGGAGACGGUUGAAGAGGCGCCGAGCGACGUCGAGAAAGUGGAAGCAGGUGCUGGUGCAGACCCAGCCGCGUCGUCGCUUUCUUGUCCCCAUCGCAUUCGAUCCCUCAUGGCUUUCGCGAGGCUACCGUUCGCCUGGCUCUGCCCGCGAAGAAGGCGAGCGAAGGAAGACGCAGACGUCGGCGGGGCGCGCUCCAGCGGACAUGCUCCCCAGGUGACCUUGCAGCCAGACGCGGACGCACUUGGUCUCCGAGAAGAAGAAGAAAUCGACGAAACCACGUGUCUCGUUCCCUGUCGGACGGAAACGGUUGCUCUCAAGCAUCUUGCAGACUGGGUGUAGACAGAUCAAAAGGGAGAGGAAGCGAAGGGGAGAGAGAAGGGCCGAUCUGACGAGAAAGAGGCGGAGGCGAGACACUCCAACAGAGAAGGGGAAACAGGGUGGAGAAAGCGGUGGCGAGCGAGGAAGAGAGACUGAACUGUGUUUUGAAUGGACCUGUGCAAGCGCCUCGAGAGUCCAGAGUGCGUCCCCUGUUGAUGCGUGGAGAGGCUGUGUGUCUCCUGUACAAGCAGAGACGCGAGGGAAAGAAGGCACAGAGAGAGGAAGGCUUUCCUGUGGAGUGACGCGUAAGACUGGGGGAAACUCCUCAAAACGCGCGCAUGACUCUUGCGCAUGCUAACGCCUGUGAAUAUCGCAUUCCCCUCGUCUCAAGGAAGGCCGCCUUCAGACAGACGCAAGCAAAACCAGGUGUGCCGCCUGGCAGUCUUCAGCAGGAUUCGAGAAAAAAAAACAGUGCGCCGUCCCUCCGACAGCCGCAGUCGCAAACACACACCAAGAUGGACACUUGCAAAAAUACAUACACAUGAAUGCAUUUAGAUGUGUGAAAAUACCCC